GCAUUAGAAAGCAGGACAAAAGAUAACAAAGAAAAUGUCUGUGUUGAAGGAACUUGGUGAAGAACUCUCUCUUUCACAUCCAGACCCUGUUGUCCUUGAGCUCAACAGGCUCAACAACCUACUCAAAGAGAAGAAUGGGGAAUUGAAGAAGGCUCAAUGUGAAUUCAGGGCACUGAGAGCAACUGAAGUCCUCAAGGAUAAGGCAAUGGAACAGUUCAGGAGCGAAGUGAUAAGAUUGGAAGAAAAGCUCUUAGUCACUGAAAAUCUUCUUGAACAAAAGAAUCUUGAUAUCAAGAAACUUGCUGAUGAGAAGAGAGAGGCAUUGACCGCACAAUAUGCGGCAGAGGCGACUCUUAGAAGGGUGUAUGCAAAUCAAAAGGAUGAUGAUUAUGUUCCUAUUGAAUCAAUCAUAGCUCCUCUUGAGGCAGAACUUAAAAUGUAUAAGAAUGAGAUUGGAGCACUGCAGGAGGAUAAGAGGGCAAUGGAACGUCUCACAAAGUCGAAGGAAGCAGCCUUGCUUGAAGCUGAGAGGAUACUGAGGAAUGCUCUUGAAAGGGCACUUAUAGUAGAGGAAGUUCAAAGUGAAAACUUUGAGCUCAGGAGACAAAUUGAGAUCUGUCAGGAGGAGAAUAAAAUACUUGACAAGAAUAAUAGGCAAAAAGUUUCAGAGAUUGAAAAGCUUAGCCAAACUAUUAUCGAGCUCGAGGAGGCCAUACUUGCUGGUGGAACAGCAGCCAACGCUGUCCGUGGUUACAGACGACAGAUUUCUGAACUAAAUGAGGAGAAGAAGACAUUGGAGAGGGAGCUUGCAAGAGUCAUGGUUUCAGCAAACCGAAUAGCAACAGUUGUUGCUAAUGAGUGGAAGGAUGAAAACAGCAGAGUUAUGCCAGUCAAGAAAUGGCUAGAAGAGAGAAAAAUGUUUGAGGCUGAGAUACAACGGUUAAAAGAAAAACUAGCUAUCUCAGAAAGAGCAACCAAGGCAGAAGCACAACUAAAGGAUAAGUUGAAAUUAAGGCUGAAGACACUGGAAGAAGGCUUAAAGCAUGUGUCUACUUUCUCAGUGAAUUCUAAUGGAUCCCCGAAAAUUGAGAAGUCAAAUAAUUUAUUUGGAAUCCUAGCAAGUAAUACCAGAGCAAACAAAAGAUCUACAUCACAACAAAGAUCGUCCACCGCUAGUAAAAUCUCGAUGCAGACAGGGGAUGAAAGGCAAACUCCAGGCGCAGCCGGAGAAAUUAAGGCAGUUAAUAGUUUAAACAAGAGAUACUCUUCUGGGGGAAGUUUCUUGAAAAAGAGUUUGUGGGCUUCUCGAAAUAAGAUCGUGGAUUGCAACGAAAAGGAGAAUACAGAAAUAAACGAAAACACUAUGAUCAGUAUUGAAAAGUGUAGAAGUGAUGAACUCAGAGACUCGGAGAACGUUAAAAGUAUGGACAGUACUAAAAAGGAUAGUGAUGAUAUGGUCUCGGGAUUUUUGUACGACAGGCUUCAGAAAGAGGUCAUAUAUUUGAGAAAGUCCUGUGAAUCGAGAGACAGUACUUUAAAUGCUAAAAAUGAAGAAAUCAAGAUUCUUAUGAAGAAGAGUAAAACGAUGACACGAGCAUUAGAAGUACAGUCGAAGAAAAUAAAGAGAGCACCAAUAAGAGAGAAGGCUUCAGUUCUAAUAUAGGUGGAUGACAGGAUAAGAAACAGAAGCUCAUCAAAAAGUUUCAAUUGAUAAGGAUCAUGGAUGCCUUUUAAAGAUCCAUUUGAAGAAAAGAGGUGAUAAUGAUCUGGAAAUCACUCCAUCCAUUAGACUUCUCAAUAUUUCUACAUAUUCAGAUGCAGAGAAUUUGACAGUUGUUAAAUAAACAGAAAUAAUGUCUCGAUAGUAUGUGAAAUUGAAGGCUACAAGGCUAGUUUUUAUGAAUUUUGGAAUGAUAUGUAUCCAAAUUAUCAUAUUUACGUUGAUAUUACUCGAUCCAAUGUAUAAGAGUUCCACCAGUAAAUAAUUCAAUGAAAAUUGUUAAAUUUUCACCAAAUAGAAACACGAAGCAUUGGACA